UAUAUUGCAAGAAGGAGAGGAUUGAUCGCUCAUGAAAAACAAAAGAGAUUCGAUGCAGAAAAGCGGACUAAACGAACAGAGACAGAACGUAAAGCGGAUGACUAUGUCAAACAACUAAGAAAAGAAGAGAUUGAAAAGGUGUACAAUAAUCCAAAUGAUUUAGGUAUGAUGAAAGGAAGUAGUUGGGCCCUAUCAAAGAGUAGAGGUGUUCAGAAUGGAUCGCUUUACAAAUUAAUCAGCAAGAUGCCAAAAGGUGCUGUUUUGCAUUGUCAUAUGGACGGAACGAUUGAUGUGGAAUGGUUGAUCAAGAGGACUUACGAACAGGAAGAUCUCUUUAUAAUUUCUGAUGUGCCGCUAACAGAGCAUAGCACACUAUAUACUGCAAAUGUGCGGAUACGACAAUUGCCCAAACAAGCGGGCACAACGGAAGACGAGGGAAAUGCAAGGGCUAAUAAAGAGGCUGAUAAUAUCUUCUCUGCCGGCUAUCAGCCAAAUACAUGGGUCCGACUGUCAAAUGCACGCCAGGCUUUCCCAUUUCCAAACGUUUACAGCACACCGGUUCCAGGCUACGAAUCUCAUCUGAAAGAUUUUGCACAAAGUUCCGAUCCAUCAAAGCCAGCAAAUUGGGUUGCAUUUGAUGCAUACCUUUUUUCCAAGAUGACAUUUGCUCCGGUGCCAACUGAUAUCCUCCCUUCAAUAUAUAAUUCUCGACAAGCAUGGGAUUAUUUUAUCAAAACGUUCUCCUUUUUGAAUGCAUUGCAAACGAAAGAGACCCGAACGGAAAUGUACAAGAGAAGCUUUCGUCAUUCGAUCCAGGAUAAAAUUUCCUACGUAGAAGCAAGGGUAAACUUUUUCGAUGAAACACUUUUGGACGGAGAAGGAAAGAGUACUGUUACACAUGCAGAUAUGUUGAACGAAUUCAAAUCUGCUCUUGAAGCUGUUCAAGCAGAUUUACCACAAGGUAGAUCAUUCGAUGCAAAAGUGAUUUAUAGCACGUUACGAUUCAUUGAUGCAGAACAACUUCAAUGGUACAUCGAUGAUGCUAUCAAGCUGAAACAAGAAUUUCCCAAUCUUUUGGUAGGAUUUGAUUUGGUAGGAUAUGAGGAUAGUGGUAAGGCUCUUUUCGAUUAUUUACCACAACUACUAGGGAUGCGAAAACGGUUGGCAGAGCUACAGAUCGAUUUACCUUUCUGCUUCCAUGCAGGCGAGACUCUCGGGGAUGGUGACGCAGUGGAUAGUAAUCUAUAUGAUGCUUUACUGUUGGGAUCAAAAAGAAUCGGACAUGGUUUUAGCAUCAGUCGACAUCCCACUUUGGUUGAAGCAGUACGUCAAAAAGGCGUUUGUAUUGAAUCAUGCCCGAUCUCUAAUCAAGUUUUACGUUACACUGAUACCCAAGGCGUUCAUCCAGUCUUGACUUUAUUGGCUUAUGGUUGUCCUGUUGCUCUGAGUCAUGAUGACCCAUCGCAAUUCCUCAACCUUGGUCUCUCACCUGAUUUUUAUUCUAUCUUGAUCGCAUCGGAUCACUUUGAUCUUACAAGUCUAGGCGUUUUGGCACGAAACAGUCUUCAACAUUCUCUCACACCGGACCCACAACAGAAACAAGCACUAAUUGACGACUGGGAUCGUCAAUGGACGUUGUACAUAGAUGAAAUUGCUUCAAAUAUUUAA